AAACGUGCCCGAAGGUAUCAAUCGGAGUGAUAGCUCAGACGAGUAUUUCCCAUUCCAUACGCAAAUGACGUAAUACAGCGGGAAUCUCCUUUUGCAGGAAGCUAAAUACAUUUACUAUUUCGAUUUCAUCUCACAAAACAACUACCGAUGCUUUUUCACAAACAUAAUUGCAUAAUUCGUUUCACCGUAGAGAGCCAGAACAAGACUAGUGUGAGAUGCUGCAGUGCUCAUGUUUGAGGUUAUCAGUAAACGGCACGCUCUUGAUAGACCACAUUGUCUUUGGCAGUCGGUAGUCAAAUUUCACGGAAGAAUCAUGUCCCCGAGGGCAGCUUCUGUUGAAGUGUAUCGCGUCCCCUGGUUUUCCAUCGGCAUACAAAUUGCUCUUUCGCUUAUCGUGAUUGCGCUUCAGUUUGCGACGGUGUCAUCGGAAUCGAAGGUGUACCGAGAUGACGUCUGCCGUGUGGACCGAUUCUCGCUAGAGGAAAGAAUAGCUGGUGGGAAUUUAGCCGUGCAAGGUGAUUGGCCCUGGCACGGGGCCUUGCUGUUCGGGAAGAACUACAAGUGCGGUUGUUCGUUGAUUAGUAAAUGGUUUGUCCUCACGGCCGGUCACUGCGUGUUCAAUCCGGAUACGGGAUAUAAGUUUGACAUUAAAAGGCUUCGAGUGGUGCUAGGCCUGCUGGAAUUGGACCAUUUCCAACCGCACACUCGAGAGUUCCAGGUGAAGCAGAUAAAUGCUCAUCCAAAGUUUUCCGCCGGCGACCAUAAACAUGACAUAGCCCUAUUGUUGCUAAAUAAAGCAGUUGAAUUCAGUGAACAGAUUCGGCCGAUUCAACUUGAUGACAGUAAGCCAUCCUUCAUCGAAAAAGUGGCGGGUAAUUACGGGACGGUCGUUGGAUGGGGAUUCACCGAGAACGACAAGAUUUCCAAUCAUCUUAUGAUGGCGCAGAUGCUCAUCGCUCGUUAUCCGGAUUGUAUUGAGGCCCAGCCAGACAUAUUUGGGCAGCUCAUACAUGCAGGGAUGUACUGUGCGGGAGCAGAGAAUGGAAUAAACGUUUGCAACGGAGACAGUGGUGGCGGCAUGUACAUAUUCCAAAACAACAGUUGGCUUCUACGUGGAAUAGUGUCAUUCUCAGCUCUUCGUGACGGAACGAAUCUAUGCGAUCUGUACAGUUACGCUGCUUUCACAAACGUUCCUCACUACGUGAGCUGGGUUCAGAGUCAGUUGCAAGAGCAUCAACAGAAGAUAUUGGAGGAAUCUAAUCGCGAGCCGAAAAAUCUUGACGAUGAAGCUGCUCAUAUAGGACUACGAUGGGAUGACUUGCCUACAACUACCUCAACAACCACUUCUACGACCACUACGACGACUACAACACCAGUUCCCAGUAUGGUCAAACCAUUUCAUCCGCCCCCUGAGCCGCAACCUAUCCAAAUCGCGCCACCAGAGUGUCUCCAACAGUACGAUAAAAUCAUAAUCGUUGAAUACAAUUCCAGUAUUUCACUUGUUUGUGAGCAUGGCUCCGAUGGUGCUGGUGUCGAACAGCAAAACUCCAUCCGGUGGUUCUACGAGAACAAAUACUUCCACGAUGUCGACCUGUCCAGCGAGUUCGGCUUCGCAGAGUCCGUCGUUCACGAUAUCCUAGCACUGCGCCACGUAGACGAAAGCCAUUCUGGAAGGUACUUCUGCCGAUCGCAGCUACCGUUAUCCAAUUCCACCGAUCGAAGGAUCAUUUCCGUUAUGGGAGUGGUGCCUCGUUUCGAACCAGUUGCUGAGAAUCCGGCAUAUAUGAAGUUUUUAGUUUUUUUGAAACACGAAUACUUUGCUUUGCAGCUGACAUUUAAAGCCGACCGCGGAGAGGGUGUUCUUUUCUAUCGAAGUGACGAAUGGGGCCAUCAGAUCAUGAUGGUGACUUUAAUUAAUGGAAUAAUGGAGUUGAGCCUACUGACGGAGAAAAGAACUGUUCGGAAAGUAUUUUGCAAAAGCAAUAGUGUCAGUCUUGGCAAGUGGCAUACCGUGAAGAUUAACUGCUAUUUGGGCAGAUGCCUUUUCGUUUUGAACGGUGAGAUGCAAGCCCUUUUUCAUGAAAAUUUGUUUCUCACGAACAGUACGAACGAAUAUUUCUAUCUCGGCGGUGUCCCGAAUCUAAAUAAGACGGGUUUCACCGGAUGCAUAACUCAAAUGGUUUUGAAUGAUUAUCCAAUAAACUUGCGGAAAGAAGCGGUCAAGUCUGAACGGAUUUCAAAUUGCAACCACUGUACAGUGAACACGUGCCAGAAUGGAGGUGUUUGUAUAGAGACAAUGGACAAGGAUGCUUAUCGCUGCUUAUGUCCAGAUGGAUUCACGGGGCGUCACUGCUCUAACGUGGGCGAACGCUGCCGAGCGAUGUCAUGUGUGGAAUCAGGCUGUAAUAACUUUGAGAGUGGAUUCCGUUGUGCCUGUUCACCCGCCAGAACGGGACAUCGUUGCGAGGAGAUGAAUGACCUCCGUGGACAAUCACUGUCGUUCCGUUCAUUUGGAUAUACGAAAUAUCUAUUUAAUCUCGAUGAUAACUUUUACAUACGGUUCCAAUUCUCACCAAGAAAUAUUAGAGAAGGAACAAUAGCUCAUCUACAAGAAGAUAAUCGUGGAACCGGAAACUUCAUGACACUCCUUCUAGAAAACGGUGUUUUAGAGCUGCGCUUUACUGUGGAUCUAGAUGCCACAAUUUUCACGCUGAGAUCUACAGUGUCGCUGAUCCCCAAUUCAUGGUACACCGUAAUCACUGGCUACCAAAACGAAUUCGUAUACCUGCAAGUCGAUAGUGAGCCCGAUCAAAUGAGAAGCGUUUUCAAGGAACUGUUCAAUCAUCAAAAGGAUCACUAUCUGUACCUUGGUGGAAAACAUGACUGCAUAGUUUGGGGUCACUGCCCGGAACGCCCAUCGGAUUUCGAUGGUUGUAUUAAAGAGCUUAUUGUAUCCGGACAUUCGAUAGAUCUAACGAACAGUUUCAUCGAUGCAAGGAAUGUAGAAAAUUGUCGAAUAAAUGAACCAUGAGCUGCCCUGACUUUAUAGACUA